CUUCGUGUCUCCGGACUGCAUAGAGUCACCUUGCAGAGCUCUCUACCGCUGCUGUCACGGAGAGAAAGCAGUCGGAAGGCCCGUCUCAGAGGCACACAGGCAGGCGGGCGGCGGGAUUCUGAACGCGGACUCUGCGGCCACUGAACGACCGGGGGAAAACAUGACGGAGGCGAAACCCAAGACCUCCCCGAAGGCCAUCAAGUUCCUGUUCGGGGGACUGGCCGGGAUGGGCGCCACAGUGUUCGUGCAGCCGCUGGACCUGGUGAAGAACAGGAUGCAGCUGAGCGGUCAGGGGACGAAGGCCCGAGAGUACAAAACCAGCUUCCACGCCCUGUUCUCCAUCCUGAAAAACGAGGGCGUGCAAGGCAUCUACACCGGUCUGUCAGCAGGUCUUUUGCGUCAGGCGACGUACACGACGACCCGUUUGGGAAUUUACACCAUCCUGUUUGAGAAAAUGACCGGAGCUGACGGACGGCCGCCGAACUUCUUCCUCAAGGCUGCGAUCGGUAUGACGGCUGGAGCCAUUGGGGCGUUUGUGGGAACACCAGCAGAGGUGGCUCUGAUCAGGAUGACAGCUGACGGACGUCUGCCUCCAGACCAGAGGAGGGGCUACAAGAACGUUUUUAAUGCCCUCUUUCGAAUCACCAGAGAAGAAGGAGUCACCACGCUGUGGAGGGGCUGCAUUCCCACCAUGGCCCGAGCGGUGGUGGUGAACGCCGCUCAGCUGGCCUCGUACUCACAGUCCAAACAGGCGCUGCUCGACUCAGGUUACUUCAGAGAUGAUAUUCUGUGCCACUUCUGUGCCAGUAUGAUCAGUGGUCUGGUUACCACGGCAGCCUCAAUGCCCGUCGACAUCGUGAAGACCAGGAUCCAGAACAUGAAGAUGAUCGACGGGAAGCCCGAGUACAAAAACGGUUUGGAGGUGCUGGUUCGAGUGGUGGGGAAGGAGGGCUUCUUCUCCCUGUGGAAGGGCUUCACUCCGUACUACGCCCGCCUCGGACCGCACACCGUCCUCACCUUCAUCUUCCUGGAGCAGAUGAACCGCCUCUACAAGACCUACGUCCUCGACGUUUAACACACACACAUACAGACACACACUCAGACUGCAGCACAAACCUGUCAAACGUCAGAUUAAAGGAGCAGUCCGGGCUUUGUGAGCUGCUCCUUUAAAGUGAACAAACAGUGUUUAAAACGGUUGUACCAAGGUUAACACACACACACAUACACACACACACACACACACACACACACACACACGGUUUGGUACACACACACACACUCUGAAUUCUUUUUGUAAAGAAUGUAAAUGAAAUGUAGUUCAGACAUCAUUCUGUUUUCAGUGAUUAAGAAGUCUUAUUUGUAGAAGCCCCGCCCCCGUCUCCCCAACAACACACAGCAUCAUGGGAUUGAUGUGUAACCGUAGUAACGGCCAUGGCUGAGGAGAACGUGGAUGAAUAAAGACCUCACUCUGUUU